GUAACAGGAGAGAACAUUUGUUGCUAUUGCAAGCCCAAGUAUCUGAUUUGUAUUACAACAGAGAGUCCUACAUCAACACCACCCCCGACGACAAAAACAUCAUCCGUAACAACAACUGUAACAACAACAACUAUGACCCCAACUUACACCACAACAGUGACAGAAACUACUUUAGUAACAACAGAAGUUCCAUGUUUGGAGCCAUUGAUCUCUGAUAACAUCAAGUAUCCUUCAACUAUUGAGUAUUCAUCAUUGUCAGCUGGACUUACACCCACUCUUGAUAUAAGUGAAAAUCAAUGGAGUACUGAGUUGUCCGAAAACCAGUACGUUCGCAUCACAUUCGAGGAUCCUGUCUAUGUCACCGGUGUUCGAGUUUUUGGAGAAGGAAAUAUUGUCAGAAGAUAUAGGAUGCUCUAUGGCAUGUCAGUGGAUAAUCUAGAAUAUGUGAUGGAUACAGAAUCACUCUCUAGUUAUGGAAUUCCAGCAUCAAAGAAGGUAUUUGAAGUACCAAGCUCUGAAGCAAUUUUACAGUUAGGCAGCUACAAUAUUGAAGCUAGAGUAGUGGUCAUUGAGCCAGUGUACUUGGGUGUUAGACUUCAGAUGAAACUUGAGCUGUACGGUUGUCCAUCUAGCAUUGUAUAUACAACACCAGAACCACCAACUACGACAGAACCAACAACAGUUGAAAUUACUACAGAGCUACCUACUACAAUGGAACCAACUACUCUAGUUUGUCCAGACUGUCGUUGUCAAGAAGACUGCUACCACGAAUUUUUCUGUCCAGAGGUAGCAGGUCUACCCGAAAAAUGUAGUCGUUGCGAAUGUCCAGAAGGAACUUCACGUUUGAACAACGGCAUGUGUCUUGUUCCAGCCGAACACUGCUCUUGUUUAAAUGAGGCAACCAACGAGUACAUGCAAGCUGGUGAUACAUGGUUAGAAGGCGAGUGCUUUUCAUGUGUUUGUUCAGAGGAACACGAGAAACAUUGCGAAAAUACCUGCUAUACUACUGUUGUAACAACUAUCAAACCAACAACUAAAAGAGUUACAACAAUGUUUCCAACAACUGAACUACCAACAACUUUUCAACCAACAACCAUGAAACAAUCAACUACAACGCCUUGUAUUGAGGGAUCUGUAACCGUGCAAGAUGAUUGUAAUUCCUGUGCAUGUAUCAAUGGUGAAAUAUUAUGUGGUAUGGCCUGCAACAAAGAUCCAAAAAGUUGUCCUGAGGGUGAAAUGUUGGUUGACCCUGGUAAUGAAUGUUGUCAUUGCAAACCUAUAACAACAACUGCAUUUCCUACCACAGAAACAGUUUGCUGUCCAGACUUCACUAUUGGAGAGCCUAGCUGCUGUAAGAACAUGGAAGAAUGUAGCAUUGAUCCUGUAUACAGCUGUGGUGUCGGAUGUGUAUGUGAUAGUCCUUUGGUGUUCAAUGGAACAAAUUGUGUCUUCCCAAUGGAUUGCCUUUGUCUGGAUGAGAGAGGCAUUUACCAUCAGCCAUUGGACACUUGGGAGGAUCCUGACGACCAUUGUUCAACAUGUAGAUGCUUCAACGAUGAGAUAAACUGUGAGAGAAGACCUUGUUCGCAGGAGCCUAAUUGUCAUGAGAGUGCACAAUAUUAUCCAGAUGGAGCCUGUUGUCCAGAAUGUAGAGUAACCACGCCAUUGCCAACUACCACAACAGAAAUACCAACUACUACGACGGAAAUGCCAACAACAACAACCGAGAUACCAACUACUACAACUAUGAUGCCUACCACCACAACUGAGGUGCCAACAACAACUACUAUGACAACCGUUGAACCAGAAUGUGUGGAUCAGAUUCGUAACCUGCAAGAAAACCUGGAGAACAUGCGUAUGACUGAUACUGGAGAAGACUCAGAAGGUUUAACAAAGGCUGGUAGCUGGAACCCAACAAGCAAUGCAUACUUGGAAGUCACCUACUCCCUUAAGGUUAUUCUUACUGGUGUAGAAAUCACUAGUAACGAGGCUGCAACUGUUAGCUUUACUGUAACAUUGUCGACAGUGUCUGACCCACAAGGUUAUCAAAUUACCGAUGACAAUGGAACUCCAAUGGAGUUUGUGAAAGAACUGAGCGGAAACAGUGCCACUGAUAGAGUGUUGUUUUCUGAAUUUGGCAUUUCAGAUGUAUCUUCAGUUGUGAUAUCUUUCACUGAUGUUUCCUCGCCAUCUCUUUUAUUAGCUAUUGAAUUUGUUGGGUGUAUAGAGACAGUGUAUACAACACCUUAUAAACCAACAACAUCAGAACCAUCUACAACAGAGUUGCCAACAACUACGGAAUUACCAACAACUACAGAGCUUCCAACGACCACAGUGGUUCCAACCACUACGACGCUGCCAACUACCACAGAACUUCCUACUACAAUACAGCCUACAACAACACCAAUGCCCACUACACCACCAUGUAAGCACAACAAAAUUCCAUCUGACUGUUACUGUACUUCGACAUGCGAUGAUAUUGCUGAAGGAAUCACUCAGUGCAUAACUACCGAAUGCGUCCCUGGAUGCAAUUGUCCUGAAGGGAUGGUAGAAGAAAGUGGUGUUUGCAUCACCAGAGAGGAGUGCCCAUGUUAUGAUAGAGAAACGGAUCAAGUAUACCCUUACGGUGAAACAUGGAAAAAGGCCUGUGAAACAUGUGUAUGCAAUGCAGAAGGAAUUCAAUGUCAAAUAGAUCGUUGCCACAUCCGAGAAUGCCCUGAGGGUCAUGUUAAGGUUGAUAAUCGUAACGAAUGCUGUUAUUGCGAACCGGUGUCAACUACGUUGCUACCAACAACUAUCAUGCCAUGUGUACCUCCAUUCGAAUACCGUGAGUUCUGCGAAUGUCAUGAGACAUGCGAAUCUCUGCUAUCGGGCUAUGAAUGUACCGAGGUCAACUGUAGAAGUGGCUGCCACUGUCCAUCGGGCACCAUUCGUGAAGGGGAUAGAUGCGUUGUACCUGCGGAAUGCCCAUGUAUGCAUGGCAACCAGAGAUUACAAUAUGGCGAAACUGUUUGGGAGAGUGCUUGCGAAAAAUGCGUAUGUCAAGAAAACCAGGUCAUGAACUGUACCAAGACUUGUGAUAAAGUCUGUGCUGAUAAUGAGGUACUAAUGUCACCGGAACAUGGUUGUUGCUACUGUACGAGAAUUACAACAAUUAACCCAACAACGCUGUCAACACUGAUCACUACUAUAACAACAAGUAAUGUCACUGAAAUGACAACUCCAUCAAUAUGUGAGGGAUGCGUCAUUGAUGGCGAAUGUGUUGGGAUUGGUACAAAAUGGUCAGAUGAAGAUAACUGUAAAGAGUGUGAAUGCACAAUUAACAAUCUUGAAGUCUGUACAGUCACUGAAUGCGCGAAUACAAACUGUCUGGAGGGCCAAUUUCCGUACAAGCUACCCGGUGAAUGUUGUGAAAGAUGCUAUAAUAACCAAUGUGUACCUCCUAUGUAUCCAUGUGAUCCGGGUAACUGUACAAACAGUUUCAACGUUUGCGAUGGUAAAUGUGAUUGCAGUAGGUGCCGUGAUGAAAGCAAUUGCCCAGAAACCACAACAGUUUCAACAACAAGUGAAUCUACUACAACACCAUAUCGUCCACCAUGUGUUCCUCCCGAGCAUCAGGUACCAUGUGAACCCGGUACAUGCCGAGAAGAUGUUUGCCAGAGUGUAGAAUGCGAAGAAUAUUCAGAACUUUGCUGUGCCUGCGAAGGAGAUCGUGUCUACAAUGGAACACAUUGUAUCCCUAAACAUAAUUGCCACUGUAUUUAUGAAGGCCACCGCUAUAAUGUUGGAGAAAAAUGGUCACCUGAACAUUGCAGGGAAUGUAUAUGUGAAGGAACAAUUGUUGAAUGCUACGACCAGACUAAUUGUAUAACAACAACAGUAAUGCCAACAACAAUGCAAAUUUCCACUACAGAAGGGGUAUGUGAUGACAACUGUGACUGCUACAUGGACUGCAAUGGGCAUAUUGAUUCCACCUGUAUGUUCAAUAGACCGGAUCAUUGUACACAUUGUAAAUGUAUACCGCCAAAGGUCCAAGGCAAUAAUUACUGUGGUGUGCCAACUGAUGAAACUUGUACUACGACCCUAUCACCAACGACAGCUCCACCAACGACUAUCAUUACAACAACUCAGCUUCCAACAACCACAGUGUGCACCAUACCUUGUAAGACAGAAAUAAGCUGCGAGGAAUAUGACUUGGGAGUAUUGAACAGUGAUGAUUUAUUUGAUCUUGUGCUAAGCCGCGUCGAUGUCAGUUGUCUCGUUAAUGACUGCCUCUGCCCAGCUGGAUCUUACAUGCUUUACCAUUCAGACUCAAGAGCUAUUUGUAUAAGCAAUGAAGGCAGAGAGCAAUGUAAUUGUGAGGAGGACUAUUAUGCAGGAGAUUGUGAGUUCUGCGAGUGCCGAUAUGACGAGAUAUUUCUAGGCUACCGCUACGAAUGUAGCAGAGUAUGCCGAUUAACCAAAGCAGAUUGUGCAGAGAAUGAGGUUUUAGUUGAUGAUGGUGUGAACUGCUGUUCUUGCGUUCCUACAACAACAACGGUCACAACAGUACAAACAACCAUCACGCCAACUCAAACAACUACAGUUACAACUAAGAUGACCACAAGAAUGCCAACAACAGAAUUGCCAACUACCGCAGAGCUGCCAACUACCACAAAGGUACCGACCACCACCGAAAUAUCAACAACAUCCGUAGUGCCCACCACAACAAUGUGGCCGACUACCACUGAAAUUCCAACAACAACCACAAUGCCAACUACGACGAUGUGGCCAACCACCACAAAAAUGCCAACAACUACCAAAAUUCCAACUACAACAGAGUGGACAACCACUCCUAAAAUGCCAACAACCACUACCAGAAUGCCAACGACACCAGAAUGGAUAACCACUACUAAAAUGCCGACAACUACCAUGAUGCCAACCACGACUACAAAAUUGCCACCCACAACAGAGUGGUUAUCAACACAGAAAUCGACAACUUUAGUACCAACUACAGAAGAACCAACAACAGUUACGGUCACAACACACGAGCCUACAACAUCAGCUACUACCACUCAAGAGACAACAACAAUGGGUAGUACCACGCGUGUGACAACAGUUACCACUAAACCAACAACAACGACGAUGACUACGGUGACAUCUAGUCCAACAACCACCAUGAUUGUUAAGACCACAACACCUGAACCAUCAACUACCCCACCAGCUGUAUGUGGUGAAGAGCUACAGGAACUGGACAUCCUAGACCAAGAAAGGACUUUUGGUGAUGGCGAAGUUGACAUCAGUCAUUCCACUAAACUUGAUAGCCAAAAUCCAUGGAUUCCAGAUUUGUCCUCAAUCAACUCCGUUAAGACUGCCUUCACUCUCCCAGUGGUGUUGGCAAAAUUAAGAAUAGCAACAAGUGGGUUCAUAGGUACCCUUUCAGUCACUCUUGAAUGGACGUUGUCUGAAACAAAAAAAACAGGAAUAUUGAUGGAUGGUGACGGUCAGAAAAAGGUCAUUGUAUUUGAAGUAAAAGAUGGUGAAAUUGCUAAGUUUAUCCCGUCAUCUGAGAUGCCUGAGGUUGAUGAUGUCACUGUUACCUUCAAUGAAUUACCUACUAGGGUUGGCACCGGCUCCUUAACAUUUGAUUUUACUGGAUGCGUUGCUGAAGUUGAAACCACUUCUGUAGUAACUACUGAAGUGACCACAACACCAACAACUACCACUUCUGAGACAACCAAGAUGACAACCAAGGUGUUAACUACACCUUAUAUUUCAACAACCACUAGGACUACGAAGAUCACAACUAUUACAAAACCACCGUGUCAAGAUCAACUUGGAAUGGACCUUGACUUGGAAGGUGAACGUACAACCUCUGACGGAGUGGAGUUUGCAGACGCCACUAAAUUCAACUCUGAUGUCGAACCAUGGUUCCCAAGUAUCUCAGAGUCCUACCCAUAUGUUGAGGUCACAUUUAGUACACCAGUCAGGGUUACUGCCGUUGCUACCCUACUUGUAUCAGACCUUGGAGACUUAUCAGGCGUCAAGAGCUUUGAAUUGUCAUACACAACAGACGAUAUAGAGUUUGUGUUUGUAAAAGAUUCUGAUGAUCCUACAGCUGAAAAAUUGGUGUUUGUUGUCAAUGAACCUGUUGCUGGUAGCACAGAUGAGCGUGCAGUGACUCUUCUUGUGGAUGAGUUGCGGAAUGUUGCUAAACUUCGAUAUCACAUUAAGGAAGGGUAUGAUUCAAAUCCACCUGUGCAGGUUGAAAUCUUAGGAUGUGCGGAAACUGUUCCAACUGUCACUACAGUCUUCACGCAAACAACAACCAUUACUGAACCACCGACAACCACAACUGAGAUUCCAACAACCACAACGGAGAUGCCUACAACCACAACGAUGUUGCCAACAACCACAACAGAAAUGCCUACAACCACAACGAUGUUUCCAACAACCACAACAAUGUUGCCAACUACAACAACUGAGAUGCCAACGACUACAACCAUGUUGCCAACCACCACCACAACAGAAAUGCCUACGACCACAACGAUGUUGCCAACAACCACAACAAUGUUGCCAACUACAACAACUGAGAUGCCAACGACUACAACCAUGUUGCCAACCACCACAACAAUGUUGCCAACGACCACAACACAGAUGCCAACCACUACUAUUCGUGAAUGUGUGGAACCCCUAAGUACAAUAAAUGACAACUUGGAAAGUGAGCGAAAUACAGACGGUGGUGAGGAUGUCAUUGGUAUCACUCAUGUUGAAUCAUCUGGUUGGAAUCCAGAUAUUAACUCAUUCCUCGAGGUUGUGUACUCACAACCUCUAAAAGUAACAGGUGUUGAAAUUACUAGUCAGAAAGCUGCAACUAUAAGCUUCACCAUUUCAUACAAACAGCGUGGUAGUGAUGUUGUGAAAGAAAUUACUGAUGAUAACAAUGAUUUAGUGGAGUUUGCAAAGGAACUUAGGGGAGAUGGUUUGACAGACAGGGUACUUUUCUCCGAAGAAGGCAUUCUUGAUGUUACCUUAAUAACUUUGACUCUGACUGAUGUUCCAACUGAGGACAUACAGGUGGCGAUUGAAUUUGUUGGCUGUAUUGAAAAAGUUUAUACAACAACGGAAAUGCCAACAACCACAACAAUGUUGCCAACUACAACAACAAUGUUGCCAACAACCACAACAGAGAUGCCAACAACCACAACACUGUUGCCGACAACCACAACUGAGAUGCCAACAACCACAACAAUGUUGCCAACUACAACAACAAUGAUGCCAACAACCACAACGGAGAUGCCAACAACCACAGCUGAGAUGCCAACAACUACAACAAUGUUGCCGACAACCUCAACUAAGAUGCCAACAACUACAACAAUGUUGCCAACGACGACCAAAACGGAGAUGCCAACAACCACAACGAUGUUGCCUACAACCACAACAAUGUUGCCAACAACCACAACAAUGUUGCCAACUACUACAACAAUGUUGCCAUCAACAACAACAACUAUAAUCCCAACGACCACAACACAGAUGCCAACCACUACUAUUCGUGAAUGUGUGGAACCACUAAGUACAAUAAAUGACAACUUGGAAAGUGAGCGAAAUACAGAAAAUGGUGAGGAUGUCAUUGGUAUCACGCAUAUUGAAUCAUCUGGUUGGAAUCCAUUUAUUAAUUCUUUCCUCGAGGUUAUGUAUUCGCAACCUCUAAAAGUAACAGGUGUUGAAAUUAAUAGUAAGAAAGCUGCAACUAUAAGCUUCACCGUUUCAUACAAACAGCGUGGUAGUGAUGUUGUGAAAGAAAUUACUGAUGAUAAUAACGUACUAGUGGUGUUUACAAAAGAUCUUAGCGGAGAUAAUUUGACAGACAGGGUACUUUUCUCCGAAGAAGGCAUUCUUGAUGUCACCUCAAUAACUUUGACUCUGACUUAUGUUCCAGCAGAGGGCAUACAAGUGACGAUUGAAUUUGUUGGUUGUAUUGAAAAAGUCUAUACUACAACGGAGAUGCCGACAACCACAACAAUGCUGCCAACUACAACAACAAUGCUGCCAACAACUACAACGGAGAUGCCAACAACCACAACAAUGUUGCCAACAACCACAACAGAGAUGCCAACAACUACAACAGAGAUGCCAACAACCACAACAAUGUGGCCAACUACAACAACAAUGUUGCCAACAACCACAACAGAGAUGCCAACAACUACAACAGAGAUGCCAACAACCACAACAUUUUUGCCGACAACCACAACUGAGAUGCCAACAACUACAACAAUGUUGCCAACGACCACAACUGAGAUGCCAACAACUACAACCGAGAUGCCUACAACCACAACAGUAUUGCCAACUACAACAACUAAGAUGCCAACAACUACAACGAUAUUGCCAACAACCACAACAAUGGUGCCAACUACAACAACAAUGCUCCCAACAACAACAACUAUGAUGCCAACGACCACAACACAGUUGCCAACCACUACUAUUCGUGAAUGUGUGGAACCUCUAAGUACAAUAAAUGACAACUUGGAAAGUGAGCGAAAUACAGAAAAUGGUGAGGAUGUCAUUGGUAUCACUCAUAUUGAGUCAUCUGGUUGGAAUCCAAUAAUUGAUUCGUUCCUCGAGGUUGUGUAUGCACAACCUCUAAAAGUAACAGGUGUUGAAAUUAAUAGUAAGAAAGCUGCAACUAUAAGCUUCACCGUUUCAUACAAACAGCGUGGUAGUGAUGUUGUGAAAGAAAUUACUGAUGAUAAUAACGUACUAGUGGUGUUUACAAAAGAACUUAGCGGAGCUAGUUUGACAGACAGAGUACUUUUCUCUGAAGAAGGCAUUCUUGAUGUUACCUCAAUAACUCUGACUCUGACUGAUGUUCCAGCAGAGGACAUACAAGUGACGAUUGAAUUUGUUGGUUGUAUUGAAAAGGUUUAUACCACAACGGAGACGCCAACAACAAUGUUGCCAACAACCACAGCUGAGAUGCCGACAACCACAACAGAGAUGCCGACAACCACACCAAUGACAACAACUGUAACAACUAAAGAAACAACUACUCCAGUAACAACAACAACUGAAACAACAAUUGUUACUACUGAAGAGAAAACAACGCAGAUUACAACAAAGAGGACAACAGAACUCACCACACAGACUCCUCAUGUAACCACAACUGAGAUGACCACAACCAAUGCUGUCACAACUGUAGAGCCUACAGAGACCACAACCAGGGCUGUCACCACAUCGCGUAUAACAACUAUAUCAUAUCCUUGCUCUGAUGACUUGUUUGAAGAGGACCAUCUAGAGAUUGUGAAACGUGUCGAUGGUGAGCAGGUACUCGAGGGAGACCAACCAUGGGAAGUAGAAGCCACGUCUUCACCUGCUGUAUUAGUUCUAGAGUUCAAUGAGCCAACAAGGGUUACUGGUCUUAAGCUAGAUGAUCUUCAAAGUGGAGCUACUUCCAUCGUGUUCAAUGUAGAUGGUAUUGAAGCUGGAUUUACAGAGUAUAAGUCUCUUGCAGAGGAUCAAGAAAUGUCAAAGGAAGACCCAUCAGAUAAUACUCCGGUUGUCAGAUUACCUGAUGAGGAAGUAUAUGUGACUCACCUGUCAAUCACUAUUACCAGUAUAGAGGGAUCUGCCGGCAGCACUGCCUCCAUUGCACUAACAAUAUUUGGUUGCUACAAGACAAGAACAACGGAAGCACCACCAACUACUCAACAGACAACUGCCACCACAACUGAGACUACCACAGUACCAACAACAACAAUGGAACCAACAACAACUGAGUCUACCACAUCUACGGUUACCACAGUUCAUACGACAACAGAAGUUACUACUGAACUUACUACUACGACAGUCACUGCUGUAACAACACCAUUACCUUGUAAUGAUCUCCUAAAUAUGGAGGAGGACCUGAAGAUCAACAGCUAUGUAAAUGAUCAAUUGUUGGAUGAAAAUGAAGCGUAUCUGCCAGUUAAUGGUGGUCUCGAAGUGCAUUUUGACCAAGAUGUCGAACUAACAGCCAUUGUUAUCAAUGAUAAAAUUAUCAACAGUGAUUUCUAUCUCAGCUUCAAUAUUGAAGUUCAGUAUGAAAACUCAGAGGAAUUUGUCGAACUUGGAAGUGUGUUCGAAAAAACUGUUAAUGUGGACAGAGUGCCCGUCUCUGCAGAUGGGGAGAUUGUUGCUCUUAAAUUCAAUGUGGUUGACUUUGAAAAUGUUGACCUUGAAGAUUUGCUUUUGAUCCUACAAUUUUACGGAUGUUUUGAAGCAGUUACUGAAACAACGAUUCAGACAACAACAGAAACAACAACUACAGAACUGCCAACAACUACAACUAUGCCGACCACAACCACUAAAACUACAACAGUUGAGACAACCACCAUGACACCAACAGAGACUACCACCAAGGCAACAACGCAUGUAUCAACGACAAUUAAGCCGACCACAACUCCAGCACCUACAACUACCACUGAAAUGCCAACAACCACAACAGAGGUGCCAACAACUACAACUGUGUUGCCAACAACCACAACAAUGUUGCCAACUACCACAACUGAAAUGCCAACAACUACAACAAUGUUGCCAACAACUACAACAAUGUUACCAACUACAACAACAGAGAUGCCAACAACAACAACAAUGUUGCCAACAACCACAACAGAGAUGCCAACAACUACAACAGAAGUACCAACCACCACAACAGAGAUGCCGACAACCACAACAGAAAUGCCAACUACAACAACAGAGAUGCCAACAACUCUCCGUGAAUGUGUUGAAACUCUGAGGACCAUCAAAGAUCGUUUGGAAAGAGAACGUAGUACAGAGGCUGGUGAAGAUGACAGUGGUAUCACUCACAUUGGAUCAUCAGGAUGGAAUCCAAGUAUUGAUUCAUUCCUCGAGGCUGUGUAUUCACAACCUUUGAAAGUAACAGGUGUUGAAAUUAACAGCAAGAAAGCUGCAAUUAUAAGCUUUACUGUUUCAUACACAAAACGAGGUAGUGAUGUUGUAGAACAGAUUGUUGAUGAUAAUGGAUCUCCAGUGGUCUUUGAAAAGGAGCUUAGCGGAAAUGGUUUGACCGACAGACUGUUGUUCUCUAAUGAAGGAAUUCUUGAUGUAACCACUAUCAAAAUAACUUUAACAAAUGUUCCAGAUGACGAAAUUAAGGUGACAUUUGAAUUUGUUGGUUGUAUUGAAAAUGUAUAUACAACCAUAAUGCCUACAAGUACGACAGAGAUGCCUACAACUACAACAGAGAUGCCAACAACCACUACUGAGAUACCGACAACCACAAUUAUGCCAACCACCACAACAGAGAUGCCAACAACUACAACAAUGUUGCCAACAACCACAACACUGUUACCGACAACCACAACAGAGAUGCCAACCACUACAACAAUGAUGCCAACAACCACAACAGAAAUGCCAACCACAACAACAGAAAUGCCAACCACAACGACAGAAAUGCCAACCACAACGACAGAAAUGCCAACCACAACGACAGAAAUGCCAACAACCACAAUUUUAUCCACCACCGUCAAAACAACAACUUUAACCCCAACCACAACUAUGACUACAAUCAGGACAACCACUACGGAGACAACUACCCCGCCUACAACAACUGAACUUCCAACUACUACACAAAUGCCAACAACAAAGACUACAACUGUCACAACCAGAGAAACAACUCGAGUGACAGAGAUUUGUGUUGAUGAUCUUGGAAUGGAAGUAGGUCUUGACCUUAGUCGAUAUCUAGAGGAUGACACAAAGCUUAAUGAAGAAGAUGCUUGGCAUCCCACCGACGAAUUGAAAACUCUUAUCGUGAGCUUUAAUCAGCCAACAAGGGUUACAAAGAUUGUCAUGUCCAGUAUUGAAGAUGUAAGCAAUAUAGUCGUGAAUGUUGAAUACCUUAGUGAGGAUACCAAUGAAUACAUAUCUUUGGGAGAGGGGUUCUCUGUUGACAAACUCAUUGCAUCAAGUAAAUUUGAAGCAAUUAAUUUACCAGAGAUGCCUAACACAAGACAGAUUCUUAUAACACUUAUUUCCGUGGACAUAGAAAGUUUACCAGCUUUUGACACCACCUUCUUUGGCUGCUUUGAAAGAGUGGAAACAACUUUGAAGACGACAACUGAGAUUACUACACCAACAGAGAUGCCAACAACUACGACAACAAUGAUGCCGACAACCACAACAGUGAUGCCAACAACCACAACAAUGUUGCCAACAACGACCACAAUGUUGCCAACGACCACAACGGAGAUGCCAACAACCACAACUAUGUUGCCAACAACCACAACAUUGUUGCCAACUACAACAACAGAGAUGCCACCAACUACAACUGUGUUGCCAACAACCACAACAACAUUGCCAACUACAACAACUGAAAUGCCAACAACUACAAUAAUGUUGCCAACAACCACAACAAUGUUACCAACUACAACAACAGAGAUGCCAACAACUACAACAAUGUUGCCAACCACCACAACAAUGAUGCCAACGACCACUACUGAAAUGCCAACAACCACAACUAAGAUGCCAACAACUACAACAAUGUUGCCAACAACUACUCCUAUUCACGAAUGUGUUGAAUCUCUGAGGACCAUCAAAGAUCGUUUGGAACGAGAACGUAGUACAGAAGCUGGUGAAGAUGUCAGUGGUAUCACUCAUAUUGGAUCAUCAGGAUGGAAUCCAAGUAUUGAUUCAUUCCUCGAGGCUGUAUAUUCACAACCUUUGAAAGUAACAGGUGUUGAAAUUAACAGCAAGAAAGCUGCAAUUAUAAGCUUCACUGUUUCAUACACAAAACGUGGUAGUGAUGUUGUAGAACAGAUUGUUGAUGAUAAUGAAUCUCCAGUGGUGUUUGAAAAGGAGGUUAGUGGAGAUGGUUUGACCGACAGACUACUUUUCUCUAAUGAAGGAAUUGAUGAUGUAACCUCUGUCAAAAUAACUUUAACAAAUGUUCCCGAUGAAGAAAUUCAGGUGACAUUUGAAUUUGUUGGUUGUAUUGAAAAUGUAUAUACAACCAUAAUGCCUACAACUACAACAGAGAUGCCAAUAACCACAGCAGAGAUGCCAACAACCACUACUGAGAUACCGACAACCACAAUUAUGCCAACCACCACAACAGAGAUUCCAACAACUACAACAAUGUUGCCAACAACAACAAUGAAUCCAACGACCACAACGGAGAUGCCAACAACCACAACAAUGUUGCCAACUACAACAACUGAGAUGCCAACAUCUACAACUACAAUGAUGCCGCCGACAACAAGAGAGAUGCCAACAACCACAACAAUGUUGCCAACAACAACCACAAUGUUACCAACUACAACAACAGAGAUGCCAACAACUACAACAAUGUUGCCAACCACCACAACGAUGAUGCCAACGACCACUACUGAGAUGCCAACGACUACGACUGAGAUGCCACCAACCACAACAAUGUUACCAACUACAACAACAGAGAUGCCAACAACUACAACAAUGUUGCCAACCACCACAACAAUGAUGCCAACGACCACUACUGAAAUACCAACAACAACAACUGAAAUGCCAACAACUACAACAAUGUUGCCAACAACUACAAAAAUGAUUCCAACAACUACUCCUAUUCAUGAAUGUGUUGAAUCUCUGAGGACCAUCAAAGAUCGUUUGGAACGAGAACGUAGUACAGAGGCUGGUGAAGACAACAGUGGUAUCACUCAUAUUGGAUCACCCGGAUGGAAUCCAAGUAUUGAUUCAUUCCUCGAGGCUGUAUAUUCACAACCUUUGAAAGUAACAGGUGUUGAAAUUAACAGCAAGAAAGCUGCAAUUAUAAGCUUCACUGUUUCAUACACAAAACGUGGUAGUGAUGUUGUAGAACAGAUUGUUGAUGACAAUGAAUCUCCAGUGGUGUUUGAGAAAGAGCUUAGUGGAGAUGGUUUGACCGACAGACUACUUUUCUCUAAUGAAGGAAUUGAUGAUGUAACCUCUAUCAAAAUAACUUUAACUAAUGUUCCAGUUGAAGAAAUUCAGGUGACAUUUGAAUUUGUUGGUUGUAUUGAAAAUGAGUACACAACAAUGAUGCCAACUACAACUAAGACUACCGUAACCACUGUCCAUACAAGUACUAUGCCACCGACAACUUUUGUAACCACUGAACAGUAUACAACCUCAGUUGUCCCAACAACAACUGGUGUUGUGACAACAACACUUCUGCCAAUGACUACAAGAAUUACCACCAUCUCUACAACACCUGAAUGUGGCCCCCACGAAGAAUAUAAGUGUGGAUGUACUAACAACUGCCGUACUGUUGCCCACAAUGGUAACGCAUGCAACGAUCAACCAUGUCUUGAGGGAUGUCAUUGCAAACCUGGGUAUGUUCGUGAAAACGGUCAAUGCAUUCGUGAUUACGAGUGUCCAUGUUAUUACCAAGGCGUUGUCUACGAUUAUGGAGACGAGGUUGACAUUGGUGAGUGUGAUGUUGUGUACUGCACAGCUAACACUACAGCUCCAAUAGAAGACCACGAAAGAAUAAAGUUGUGCAAAAUUGAUUCCUGUCAGGAGGGUUACCAGCUUGUUGAACCUGUCAAUGAAUGUUGCCGAUGUGAACCAAUAUGUGGACCAGGAUUUGAAUGGGAUGACUACUGCGUGUGUCACAUGACUUGCGAAAACAAGAACCCAGUGUGUGACCAGGAGGUUUGCAGUCCAGGCUGUAAAUGUCCAGACAACUUGUAUUUUAACGGAACUCAUUGUGUUGAAAACUGCAAAUGUGACAAUGAAGAUCAUGGGCCAAACGACGUAUGGUAUCCGGAAAAUUGUAAAGUCUGUAGGUGGAGUAACUAUGAAAUGUGUGAAAAGGAAUGCGAAGAAUAUUGCCCACUUACUAAUGACAACUGCGAAGAAGGGUAUGUUUUGGAAAAUGAUCCUGAAGAUGGUGAAUGUUGUAGUUGUAAUAUUAUAUCACGCUGCGUUUACAAUAAUGUAAUCCACAAAGUUGGCGAUUCGUGGAGCGUAAACGACUGCAAGACAUGUGAAUGCGUUGGUAUUGAAAGUAUUGAGUGUGAAACAAUAUCCUGUUCACAUGUUGUUUGUGAACCCGGUCAACACCCUGUGUCAGUUAUUGGAGAGUGCUGUGAUGUAUGUGUGGGAACCACAACGACUGUCUUGCCUACCACUGUGGCUGAAACGACAAUGUUGCCAACAACGACACUACCAACAACGACAACGCUGCCAACAACGACAACUCUUCCACCAACAACACUUCCACCAACAACAACCACUUUACCAUCCACCACAGAGAUUCCAACUUGCUCCAAGUUGUGUGAUGAUGGAAGUAUGCUUUAUAGUGAUAGCCUCAUUUGCAAUGGCGAAUGGAAUUGUCCAAAUGGAGAAGACGAAGAAGGAUGUGAAGGUUCUGAAACAACAACACUUGCUUCUACUACUGCUAAUGUUCCACAAACAACAAAAUAUCCGCGCUGCCCAUCAACAUGUGAUUAUGCCCUAACAUGUCAAGAGCGUGCAGAAAUGCCAUUUGGCGGCAUUUGGAAUAGUGCGAUAUCUAUAAAUCCGCCAUUUGAAUGCGCCCUGCUUCCAUUUAAUGCACUAUGUAGCUGUGCUCCGGGUGCUGAGCGUGAUGAUGGGAACAAUGAAGACGCAUUUUUUAAUUUGAUCGCUGGAUUACCUGGUAACACAGGGAUGUGUGUCAGCCUUGAGGAGGAAGACUGCGGUGGAGAGUGUCUAUUAGAUGAGAACACUAUUAUUACUGAAGGAAACACUGUUACACGCAACGAGUGUGAGGUUUGUGAAUGUGUGGAAGAUGACACUCUUAACAAACUUGUUGCUCAGUGCACAAAGCAAUGUGAUUUGACAGAGGAAGACUGUUCCCAGGAUGGGCUGGUUUUGUACAAGCCAAUAGGAGAAUGUUGUGAAUGUGCUGAACAACGAGCAACGGAGCCACCAACAAAUGUCUGUAAUGAUGAGUGUGUCAUCGAGCUGUCUUGCAAUGAGAUGAGUUCUUUAGCUAUACCGUUUGAUAUGAAUUUCGAUUGCGGCCUAUGUGACUGUCCUUCAGGAACCGUCUUGGAUCGCCAAUGGAAAACUCCAAUGUGUCUGCGAAAACCUGUCUGUGACAAUAUGUGUGAAUAUAUGGGCGUUGUGUACGAGGCUGGAGAAUCAGUGAAUGUUGCUUGUCAAGUGUGUACUUGUGCAGAUCCACAAGAAAUUGGCUCAUAUUCAUGGGAUUGUCAAGUUUCCACAGAAUCAGAGUGUACUACUACACCAACAGAACUCUGUGAUCCUAUAUGUCAUCAUACUUUUACAUGUGAUGAACAAGCUGAUGUGACGAUUGGAAAUGGAUGGAAGCCGUCUUAUGUUCCUCCAGCUGAUUUAUUUAAAUGUAUAUAUACAACAUGCAGUUGUGCACCAGGUUAUGAAAAAGAUGAUCAGAGUAACCCAGAUUUCUUGCAACUAUUCCCACUGUACACCUUCUCAGCAAGUUUUUACUGUGUUGGAAUUGAGGAAUUAACUUGUGAUAAUGACAAGUGUUUGUUAGAUAGCAGCACAAUCUUACAGGUCGGAGAGGAGUAUGAACGUAGCGAAUGCGAAAUCUGUGAAUGUGUCUACAGUGACAGCAAACAGAAGCAUGUAGCUGAAUGCAGUUAUCAAUGCUCGUUGACGAAAUCUGAUUGUGAAUCAGUCGGAAAAGUUUUGUAUCAACCUACAUACGGGUGUUGUGAAUGCCGUGCGAUUGAAGGACCAACUACUGUCAUUCCUUCUCUCUGUAAGCACAAUGGUGACAUAUAUUUGCCCGGUGAGACAUAUACACAGUCUUGUCAGGAAUGUACCUGUGAGGAAGAUGGAUCAGGAGUGUAUGACUGGAGUUGUGAAACACAACCUGGCUGUUCUUCUGGACCUUGUGUACCUGGUUCAACAAUGGAGGUUGCAGGGAAUUGUAAGAUUUGCGAAUGUAAUGCCGAGACUGGCGAAUAUGAUAUGAACUGCCAAGAUACUUGUACACGUACUUGUCGGGAGAACUUUGAACUUGUUACUGGACCAAACAUCUGUUGUUAUUGCAAGCCUUCCGACUUCAACUGUACAUUUACGACAGUCGCACCAACAACCACAUCUAGAACAUCAACCGCCUAUCCUUCCACCACUAAGACAGCCACCACAACAGAGAUGCCAACCACCACAACCAUGCCAACAACCACAACUAUGGAGCCAACCACGACUACCAUGCUGCCAACAACCACUACAAUGAUACCAACGACUCCUAUUCAUGAAUGUGUUGAACCUCUGCGAAACAUAAAAGAUCGUUUGGAAAGUGAUCGUAGUAUUGAUGAUGGUGAAGAUGCCUCUGAGACUUAUAUCGGAUCAACUGGAUGGAAUCCAAGCAUCGAAUCUUUCCUCCAGGCUGCAUAUUCACAACCACUGAGGGUAACAGGCGUUGAAAUCAACAGCCAGAGGGCUGCAACUAUACGAUUCACUGUCUCGUAUACACAACGAGGAAGUGAUGCUGUAGAACAGAUCACUGAUGAUAAUGGCAAUCCAGUGGUGUUUGAGAAGGAGCUUACUGGAAAUCGUGUGACAGACAGACUACUUUUCUCUGAUGUAGGAAUUCUUGAUGUAACUUCCAUCAAGAUCACUUUGACAUAUGUUCCAAAUGAAAGCAUCUCAGUGUCCUUUGAAUUUGUUGGUUGCAUUGAAGAGGUGUACACAACCAGGAUGCCGACAACAGAGAUGCCAACCACCACAACCAUGAAGCCAACAACUACAACAGAGAUGCCAACCACCAUCACCACCACCGUGAUGCCAACCACUACGACCAUGAUGCCAACAACUACAACAAUGAUGCCAACCACCACAGCAGAGAUGCCAACCACUACAACCAUGGUGCCAACAACCACAACCAUGGAGCCAACCACCACAACCGUGUUGCCAACAACCACUACAAUGAUACCAACGACUCCUAUUCAUGAAUGUGUUGAGCCUCUGCGAAACAUAAAAGAUCGUUUGGAAAGUGAUCGUAGUAUUGAUAAUGGUGAGGAUGCCUCUGUGACUUAUAUCGGAUCAACUGGAUGGAAUCCAAGCAUUGAAUCUUUCCUCCAGGCUGAUUAUUCACAACCACUGAGGGUAACAGGCGUUGAAAUCAACAGUCAGAGGGCUGAAAUUAUACGAUUCACUGUCUCGUAUACACAACGAGGUAGUGAUGCUGUAGAACAGAUCACUGAUGAUAAUGGCAAUCCAGUGGUGUUUGAGAAGGAGCUUAGUGGAAAUCGUGUGACAAACAGACUACUUUUCUCUGGUGAAGGAAUUCUUGAUGUAACCUCCAUCAAGAUCACUUUGACAGAUGUUCCAAAUGAGGACAUCUUCGUAUCCUUUGAAUUUGUUGGUUGUAUUGAAGAGGUGUACACAACCAGGAUGCCGACAACAGAGAUGCCAACCACCACAACCAUGAAGCCAACAACUACUACAGAGAUGCCAACCACCACAACCGUGAUGCCGACAACAACAACUAUGAUACCAACAACCACUGAAGUAAUCACUACUACCAUAGUAUGCAGUGAAGAAUGUAAUUGUGAUGCAGGAUGUGAACAUCUUGGUACCAGUGACCGAUUGCCUUGUCCCGAUAAUCCACAAUGCGAGCAUUGCCCCUGUGAAAGUGGGUAUUAUCGAGAUAAUAUUUGGGGAACAAAAUUGUGUAUUCGUACCACCAAUGAGUGUCCGUGUGAAUAUAAUGGACAAACGUAUGCCUAUAAUGAAGAAUUCUGGGAAGGUGAUUGCUCUAGAUGUAUUUGCAAUUCAGAGGGUGUGACUUACUGCGAAGACGAUUGUGCCCUGACUGAAGAACAUUGUAGCUCGAUUGGAAUGGUGCUUUCACAAGCACAAGAAACAUGCUGCGAAUGUUUGCCACAAACAACCACACUAACAACAACUAUUGUUACAACUGAGGAACCAACAACCACUGUGCAGACUACUACUACUGAAACUACAACAACAAGACCACGAACAACUACAAUGCUGCCAACAACGACUACAAUAAUGCCAACAACGUCUGUAACAACAGAACAUCCAACAACCACAGUUACUACUGUAACCGAGACAACAACUAAACUAGCAACAACUCUGUAUACAACAAAAGAAAGUACAACUGAAAAAACUACAAUUGUUACAACUCCAAAACCAACGACAACAACAGAGAUGCCAACAACAACAACAACCAUGAUGCCUACCACCACAACUAUGAUUCCGACCACAACAACAGAGAUGCCGACCACCACAACCAUGAUGCCUACCACCACAACCACCAUGAUGCCGACUACCACUACAGAGAUGCCAACUACCACAACAAUGAUACCGCCAACUACUCCUCUUUAUGAAUGUGUUGAGCCUCUGCGAAACAUAAAAGAUAGUUUGGAAAGUGAUCGUAGUAUUGAGAAUGAUGAGGAUGCCUCUGAGACUUAUAUCGGAUCAAAUGGAUGGAAUCCAAGAAUUGAUUCUUUCCUUAAAGCUGUGUAUUCACAACCAUUAAGAGUAACAGGCGUUGAAAUCAAUAGUCAGAGUGCUGUAACUGUACGAUUCACUGUCUCUUAUACACAACGGGGUAGUGAUGCUGUAAAAGAGAUCACUGAUGAUAAUGGCAAUCCAGUGGUGUUUGAGAAGGAACUUACCGGAAAUCGUGCGACAGACAGACUACUGUUUUCUGGUGAAGGAAUUCUUGAUGUAACUUCCAUCACGAUUACUUUGGAAUAUGUUCCCGAUGAGGACAUCUUGGUAUCCUUUGAAUUUGUUGGUUGUAUUGAGCAAGAGUAUACAUCCAUCAAGCCAACAACUACAACAGAAUUGCCAACUACCACAAUGGAGAUGCCAACAACUACAACUAAGAUGCCGACAACCACAACGGAAAUGCCAACAACUACAACUGAGAUGCCACCAACCACUAGAACCACAGUCAAAACUACUGAAGUUACAACAACUCCAAUGAGUACAUCUGAGAUCACAACUGUGAGGACAACAACCAUGAUACCAACAACCACAACAACGAUGCCAACAACGACCACCAUGACCUCAACAGUCACAACAGAGACGCCAACAACGACUACCAUGACUCCAACAAUGACAACAGAGCUACCAACAACCACGACAAUGGUCCCAACAACUACAGCGGAGAUGCCAACCACUACGACAGAGAUGCCAACAACUACAACAGAAAUGCCAACGACCACGUUCACAACUAUGAUUACAACUGAACCAGUUACCACAACAGUUCUACCAACAACAACACAGACAUCAACAUUCACGACAGUUACAACACCAGCACCUACAACUACAAUAGUUGAGACUACAACAAGCAAGUUAACAACUACAGUAGAACCAACUGAAGGACCAUGUAGAAAGUCUCUAGGAAUUGACGCUUUGGAGUCUCCUCUUGAUGUCAAGCGCUACCUGCAAAAUGUUUUGGAUAGUGAUGAUUCAAGUAUUAUCGAUAGUAGAAACCCUUGGUCACCAGAGGUUAGUGCAGAAGAUGAUCUUCCAGAGGUUAGCGUUGUCUUUAGUAAGCCGAUUGAGUUAAUGGCAAUUGCUAUCCAAGGUGAUGGGUCUAAGGUUGCAACAGUGUUUACUGUAGAGUACCAGGAACCAAAUGAUGAUCAAUGGCUGCCAUUCAAAGACCAGGUCGAUGAUGUUCUACCAAAGGAGUUCGAAAUUGAACAACGGAAUGACAAUUCUGAAGUCGUUGAGUUUGACGUAGAGAUUGAUAUGGUGAAGGCUCUUAGAAUUUCUGUCAAAGAAUGGUCAGAUUCUGGACUAAGUUUACGAAUCGACGUCAUUGGCUGUUUAGCUGAGGUUGUGACAACCACAGAAACCAUAACAACUAAACAGUCUACUACUGUUUCACCAACAACCACCCACGUAAUGACAACAGAAAAAGCCACGACUGUCUUACCAACAACCAGAACAACCACAGAAUCUACAACUAUGGCAAUUACUACACCUAUGGAAACAACAGAGGGACCUUGUUCUGAAGAGUUGACUGAACUUGGGGAAGAAGGUGAGCGUACAACAAGCCCAGGUGAAGGAUCAACUUCUAUGGAAGGCGAGUCACCAUUCAAAGCAGAUUCAAUUCUUGAUAUCUGGGCUGUAACCACCUUCCCCUCGCCUGUCCAGUUGUCAGCUGUUGUUUUCAAAUCAAGUGAUGUUGAUGUUUUUAUCACAAAUGUCGAGAUAACAUUCUUCAGAGAUGAUAUGCCUAUCGAGACUAGAAAUGAAUAUGAGGUUGUAUUUAAAAAUGAUGUCGCGCGUGUAAAACUAGCAGGAUUGGUUGGUCCUUUGGACUCUGUACGUAUAAAAGUAACAGGAUCAAGUGUUCAAGAGGAGUCUCCAACUUUGCAAUUCAAAUUCCUUGGCUGUAAAGUCGAGGUUACCACCGAAUCUACGACAAUUUCUACCACUGAGGUUACAACCAGAAUGUCAACCACUCCAGUACGUACCACAACUGUUACAACCACCAAGACCACACCAUAUGUUACCACAGAGGAGGUCACCACUAUAUCGCCAACCACGACUGUAACCACGAUAUCAACAAUGACACCAUCAGAAACGACUACAAAGAUGACCACGACAACACCGACAGAAACAACCGUAGUGACCACAACAGAAACACCAACGACAACGAUGUCAACAACAAGAACUACAUCAGUGAUGACUACAGAGCAGUAUUGUACUUACAAUGGUGUCAGAUAUGCGCCUGGUGAUAGUGUACCUUCUGAUGACCCUUGUGAUACAAUCAUAUGUACUUAUGACGGAAUCGAAGUUGCUUCUAUCCAAUGCGAUGUGAUUGAAUGUGUUGAUGGCACAUUAUUUACCUAUGAAGGUGAUUGCUGUCCAACAUGCGUGAAUGAUAAGUGCAAAGUCUAUGAAGAAUACGAUGAAAACUUCACUAUAGAUGAGUGUGUAUCAGAUCAACCACUCCUUAAAACAUCAUGCGUUGGACGCUGUGAAUCAACCAGCAAUGCCACUACGAUGGCUCCUUACUUCAGUUCACAUUGUAACUGUUGUAAACCAGCUUCCUUUACAACACAAACCUUGGAACUUACCUGCCCAGGUGAGAAGCAGCAGACGUUCGAAUACUACGUCAUAGAAUCAUGUAGCUGUGAUAUUUGCGAGUACGAUGUCCCUGCAACUGAGUUACCAAAUAUUGGAUUUGUAGGCGGAUACCAAACAGGACCUUAAUGUGAUUACCUAAGUGAUGAAAUGAAUUUAUAUUAGUUUAGUGUUAUUAAAUUUAAAUUUUUAAACAGAUUAAGUAUAAUACGAAUAGUCUAUUUCGUGAAUACUACUUGGAUAAAAAGACUAAUUGUCAUUGUUCCCGAAACUCAUAGACUUUCAACAUCACAAUUAAUUUUGUGUAUGUCAAAUAUUUAUUAAAAGAAAAGAAGCAUCGUACAUGCUGUAUAAUUUUUCACUAAUAUCAGAAAAUAUUGUACGUUAUAUAAACAGUUCACGUUUUUUCAAACAGUAUUAAAGAUUAGGUUGUAUUUGUUUGAGCAUUAAAUACCCUUCUAAGCAUUUA